AUGGUGCUUGUGUACCCAAUCUAUUUUGACAAGAAGCGGUCAAAGGAGUUUCGUAGAAUUUCUAAACAAGAUGCUAUUGAAAAUCCAUUAGCAAAGAACAUUGCAGACGUCGUUCGUGAUUUGGGCUAUCAAUGUAAAAUUGAACCUCUCAAAACUCACCCAGCCGACUGGGCUAAUCCAGGCCGUGUAGAAAUAACUUUACCAGAGAAAAUAUCAAAACGUUAUUUGUUUAAACAAAUUGCGAAAGUCUUACAACACCGACCCACUAAACCACAAGAUCCAUUGUCUCUACCUAUACAGAAUGUCCCUCCCAGACUUCCUGAACGUCCACCUGCUUAUCCCAAGGGUGUAGCUGGAAAUACCAUUGUGCCUAUGCAUUCUCCAGCACUUUCUGGAGGAGGUAUCUCCGAAAAUAUGUUUCAAGACAUGAUGCAGGAGAUGCAGGGACAACCCGGAAUGGAAAAUGGCAUGAAUCCUUUGAACGCACUUUCUGGUAUGGGUAUGCCUCCUCCCCCAACACAAACUCCUAGCUCUUCAAAACCAAGCACCGCUAAAAUAGAGCAAGAGGAAGAAUAUGACUUGGAUUUGGAAUAA